GCUCCUGGAGAACACAGCGGAAGAAAAUGGCGGCCGUGGCUGCAGAGCCAGGAGCUGCAGCGGUUCCGACAACAACAAUAACCGCGGCGACGGACGAUGAGGGCUCGGGCGAACCGGGCCGGGCCGUGCCGGGUCACCCCGGCGGGGGAGGAGGGGAGAUGGACGGGUCUGCAGCGGAGAUCCCCCGGGGGGAGGAUGAAGGAGACGCGGAGCAGCGCCGCCAUGUCAGGCCGGAGUCCGCGGCGGGAAAACACACCGAGGGACUGAUCCAGAACUUACCUCCGGAGCCGAUCAGCUUGGACCGGUUCUCCCCCGGAGUACCGGCCGACCCAGAGUUGCACAACCCGCAGUCCCCCGCCGUGUUCCUGCACUCCCUCCCAGCCGCGGAGCCCGGUAACUCUAACCCGGAGCCGAGGCCCGGUACUGGGCUGUCUCUGCAGGAACCGGCGGGACCGACGGACACUCCGGUGCACCCGGAGCCGUGUAACCCUGACCCUAAUAACCCUAACCCGGGCCAUCCGGAGCCCGGUCUGCAGGAUCUGAGUCCCGGCUCAGAGGUCCGGGUCUCCCUGGAUCACGUCAUCGAUGACGCGCUGGUGGUGUCGUUCCGGCGGGGGGAGAAGGUGUUCUCGGGGGUUCUGAUGGAUGUCUCCAGAAGGUUUGGACCGUACGGUAUCCCCAUCACCGUGUAUCCCAGACGAGAUGACGGGCCUUGUCCUCAGAUGUCGCUGCCGGCGCUCCCUGACGUCGACCCGUCCAUCAAACAGGAAGUGGUCAGCGUGUCCCCGCCCCCCCCGCAGCCUUGGACGUCCAAACCGCCGCCGCUGUUCCAGGAGGGGGCGCCGUACCCCCCCCCUCUGUUCCUGCGGGACACGUAUCACCAGGCCGUGCCGCAGCCGCUGCCGCGCAAGAUCAAGCGCCCCAAACGGCGGUACCGCUGCGAGGAGCCCACCUCCAUCAUGAACGCCAUCAAGCUCCGCCCCCGCCAGGUGCUCUGUGACAAGUGCAAAGCCGUGGUGGCGUCCGGCGGCCACCUGGAGGCGCGCCGUGGCGAGGACGCGUCGCGGCGCCGCCGAGCGGCUGAGGCGCCGCCGCUGAACUCGGAGCUCAAACGUCUGAGGGGCGACGACCGGAGCGCCCGCCCGGCGCCGGGGAUACGGGUGACCUCAUCGUCCUCGCCGCGGCGCGUCCUGAGGGGCGUGGCCUCGUCCUCGCCGGCGGCCGCCUCCGGCCGGCUCUGCCUGAAGCUCGGCGCCCAGAAGGUUCUGGACAAACGGCGCUCCAAAGCUCGCCACGCCCUCAACCCGCUGCCGGCCGCCCGCUGGGCGAUCACGCACCCCCCACGCCGGGCGGGCGCCGCGGCCAAAGACCCCGCCCCCCCGGCCCAGAACCAGACCCCCGGCCCGGCUCUGGGGCCGGACGGCGGCCGCGCGGUGACCCGCGCCGCGGCGCUGCAGAGCCGCCACCAGAAGGUCCACUUCACCCGCCGCCUGCAGAACAGCGCGGCGGCCGUGGGCUCGCCGCUUCCUCCCAGAAUGCGUCUGAAACCUCAAAGGUAUCGAACCGAUGACAGCCAGGCGCCCCCCCCCUGCCCCCCCUUCCCCCUCCCCUUCCUCGCCGCCCAAACACAGCGCUCGCAGCUCGCCUUCCAAACCGGCUACGCAGGAGGGCCCCCACCCUCAGGAGGAGGCAGAGCGGGAGGCGGAGUCUCCUCCUCCGUGCUCCGUCCAAUCAGAGAGCAGCUCAGAGACCUUUGGCCCCGCCCCUCCCGGAGACCAGCCCUCUCCCCGGCCCCUCCCGAGGGCGGGGGCGAGAAGGAGGAGAAGCGCCGGCGUAAGUCCUCCUCCUCUUCCUCCUCCUCCUCUUCCUCGUCCUCGCGGCCCGCCACCUUCUCCAAGUCCGUGUCCAAGGCGGCGCUGCCGGACGGCCGCACCGUGUGUGCCGGGGACAUCGUGUGGGCCAAGAUCUACGGCUUCCCCUGGUGGCCCGCCCGCGUGCUGGGCAUCACCGUGGCGCGCCGCGGCGACACGGGGCUGGCCGUGACGCAGCAGGCGCGCGUGUCGUGGUUCGGCUCCCCGACCACGUCCUUCCUGCCGCUCGCCCAGCUGGCGCCGUUCCUCGAGAGCUUCCAGUCGCGCUUCGACAGGAAGAGGAAGGGCCCGUACCGCCGCGCCAUCGCCGAGGCCGCCAGCGCCGCCAAGCAGCUCACGCCUGAGGUCCGCGCGCUGCUCACGCAGUUUGAGACGUAGCAUC